AUGGAUACUUUAAGCCUGUCGGUGAACGGCUUUUCCUACACGGUGGCGGCUGAACUCCCCGCCACUGAUGAUCCCUUUAACGGACCCAUUAAGAACAUCGCGCCGUGGAACUUCACCAUCCUGGCCGUGCUCAUGUUUGUGGUCACCUCUCUGUCUCCUGAGCGAAACUUCCUGGUCAUGUUCGUCACCUUCAAGUUCAAACAGCUCAGACAGCCCCUCAACUACAUCAUAGUGAACCUGGCCAUCGCAGACUUUCUGGUCUCUCUCACCGGUGGAACUAUAAGUUUCCUGACAAACGCCAGAGGUUAUUUCUUCCUGGGGAGGUGGGCUUGCACCCUGGAGGGGUUCGCUGUGACUUUCUUCGGUAUCGUGGCCCUGUGGUCCCUGGCUGUUCUGUCCUUCGAGCGGUUCUUCGUGAUCUGCCGGCCUCUAGGGAACAUCCGGCUGCAGGCGAAGCAUGCGGUCCUGGGUCUGCUGUUCGUCUGGACCUUCUCCUUCAUCUGGACCUUCCCUCCGGUGCUGGGCUGGAACAGAUACACCGUGAGCAAGAUUGGAACCACCUGUGAACCCGACUGGUAUUCAACAAACAUGAUGGAUCACAGCUACAUCAUCACUUUCUUCGCCACCUGCUUCAUUCUCCCUCUCGGAGUGAUUUUCUUCUGCUAUGGAAAACUCCUCCGGAAGCUCAGGAAGGUGUCUCAUGGUCGUCUGGCCACCGCCAGGAAGCCAGAGCGGCAGGUGACCCGUAUGGUGGUGGUCAUGAUAAUUGCAUUCAUGGUGGGCUGGACGCCGUACGCAGUCUUCUCCAUACUGGUCACAGCUCAUCCAACCAUUGAACUCGAUCCCAGGCUGGCGUCCAUCCCCGCCUUCUUUUCCAAGACAGCCGCUGUCUACAACCCAAUCAUCUACGUCUUCAUGAACAAACAG